CCUGGACCACGAUGGGUGUGAGCGAGGCACGGUCGCGUCUGAAACCUAACCUGUAACGAAGAAUUCCCAUCCACCAUUGUUUUCCUGCGAAAUCAAUUGGCAUCAUUUAGCAUAGGGUUUUUGCUUCAUAGAGCUGAGAUAAGGCAUUGUUAUGGGUGCUCCUAAGCAGAAGUGGACACAAGAAGAAGAAGCAGCACUAAAAGCUGGAGUUGUUAAGCAUGGGGUUGGAAAAUGGCGGACGAUACUUAAGGAUCCAGAGUUUAGUAGUGUCUUGUAUCUGCGGUCUAAUGUAGAUCUUAAGGAUAAAUGGAGAAAUCUGAGCGUAAUGGCAAAUGGAUGGAGUUCCCGGGACAAGUCUAGAUUAGCUGUUAGAAGGGCACAUCAGGUCCCAAAACAAGAUGAAAAUGUGAUGACUGCCCCUUCUGUUCCAAGUGAUGAAGAACUUAUGGAUGCCAGGGCUCCUCAAGUUCCUAGAGAUAUGCUGCAGAUUCCUGGUCUAAAGAGGUCUAUUGUAAGAUUGGAUAACCUUAUAAUGGAAGCAAUAGCUAGCUUGAGGGAGCCUGGUGGUUCCAACAAGACAAAUAUUGCAGCUUACAUAGAGGACCAAUAUGGGGCACCUCCUGAUUUCAGAAGGUUGUUGUCGACCAAAUUGAAAUCAUUGACUGCAAGUGGAAAACUGAUCAAGGUGAAGCGAAAAUAUAGGAUUGCCCCUAUGCCAUCAUACCCAGACCGAAGAAGAAACUCAUCCAUGUUAUUAUCAGACGCCAGGCAGAGAAUCUCUAUGAAGAUAGACAAGGAUGAGGCCAAUGUCAUCACAAAGUCUCAGAUAGAUUCAGAACUAGCAAAGAUAAGGUCAAUGACAGCGCAAGAGGCAGCUGCAGUUGCUGCUCGAGCAGUUGCAGAAGCAGAAGCUGCCAUAGCAGAAGCUGAAGAAGCAGCAAAAGAGGCAGAGGCUGCUGAAGCUGAUGCAGAGGCAGCUCAAGCUUUUGCAGAUGCUGCAAUGAAGACACUUAAUGGGAGAAACACCCCAAAAUUGAGGCAGUCCGUAGAGCUGAUGCGAGCCUGAUAGGAAUGAAUUAGAGAGGAGCAAAGGACCAACGCUAAGGACUGACAGCCAGAUAGAUAUUUAUCAUUUGCUGAUGUUGUUUAUAGUGUACAUAUAUUGAGGGUCUUUCUCAUGAUCUGAUGCAGGAUUCCCAUAUAUCGAUAGGUUUUGCUAAGGUUUUGUACACAUUUAUAGAAUUCUAGUAGAUCCCGAAGAGAUGGUGCUUUAAUGUAUAUUUAUUGCUCAUCAAACAUUGUCAAUGUACCAUUGUAGAAAGCAACUCAAAUGAUCAGUUCGGAAUUCAGCUGAAA